AUGGGAAAGAAAAAGACAGACGACGCAGGUCCACCUACAAAGGCUAAAGCAAGUGGUAAAGAUGUUUCUAAGAAGGAAAAACUUUCUGUAUCUGCCUUGUUGGCAAGUAUGAAAGAAAAAGCUGAUAAUCCUAUAAAAGCUUCUUCCUCGAGUAAGCCGAAGCCAAAACUUGCUCCAAAAGCUUCUACAUACACUGAUGGUAUUGAUCUUCCUCCCUCCUCUGAUGAUGAAUCCGAAGAGGAGUUAGAGCAAAAGCAUAGACCUGAUGUGAAGCCACUUGAGGUGUCUAUUGCUGAAAAGGAGUUGAAAAAGCGUGAAAAGAAAGAUAUUUUAGCUGCCCAUCAGGCUGAACAGGCAAGGAAAGAAGCUCUUAGGGAUGAUCAUGAUGCUUUCACUGUUGUCAUUGGAAGUCGGGCUUCGGUGCUUGAUGGAGAUGAUGGUGCUGAUGCUAAUGUCAAAGAUAUUACGAUAGAAAAUUUUUCAGUGUCUGCUCGGGGUAAAGAACUUCUGAAGAAUGCAUCGGUGAAGAUAUCUCAUGGAAAGCGGUAUGGUUUAGUUGGGCCGAAUGGAAUGGGCAAAUCAACACUUUUGAAGCUUCUUGCUUGGAGGAAGAUACCCGUACCUAAGAAUAUUGAUGUCCUUCUGGUUGAGCAGGAGGUAGUUGGUGAUGAUAAAACAGCGCUUGAAGCCGUAGUUUCAGCUAAUGCUGAACUUGUUAAAGUUCGACAAGAAGUUGCUGAUCUACAGAAUGCGGCUGCUGGUGAAGAAGGUGUGGAUAAUGAUGAUACUAAUGAGGACGGGGAUGCGGCAGAUAAGCUAGCAGAGCUGUAUGAUCAAUUACAACUGAUGGGGUCUGAUGCUGCUGAAUCCCAAGCGUCAAAGAUUUUAGCCGGUCUGGGUUUUACUAAGGAUAUGCAGGGCCGUCCUACAAAAUCUUUUAGUGGUGGCUGGAGGAUGAGAAUUUCUUUAGCUCGAGCACUUUUCGUACAACCCACUUUAUUAUUGCUCGAUGAACCCACUAAUCAUCUUGACCUUAGGGCUGUUCUCUGGUUGGAAGAGUACUUGUGUCGUUGGAAGAAAACUUUGGUGGUUGUAUCACACGACAGAGAUUUCCUCAAUACUCGUCGUAGAGAGGUGAAUAAGAAGUUUGAGAUUUAUGACAAGCAAUUGAAAGCAGCUAGAAGGACCGGAAACAAGGCUCAACAAGAUAAGGUCAAGGAUCGAGCUAAGUUUGCAGCUGCCAAGCAAGCAUCAAAAAGCAAAAGUAAGGGAAAGGUUGAUGAUGAGGAUGAGGCCCAAGUAGAGGCACCACACAAGUGGAGGGACUACAGUGUGGAGUUUCACUUUCCUGAACCUACUGAGCUCACACCCCCUCUUCUGCAGCUUAUUGAAGUGAGCUUCAGCUACCCAAACCGAAAGGAUUUCAGACUCUCAAAUGUUGAUGUUGGCAUUGAUAUGGGGACCCGUGUUGCCAUUGUUGGGCCUAAUGGAGCUGGAAAAUCUACACUGCUAAAUCUUCUAGCCGGUGAUUUGGAUCCAAGUGAAGGUGAGGGUGAAGUUCGAAGGAGUCAGAAGUUAAGGAUUGGAAGAUAUUCCCAACAUUUUGUGGACCUACUGACGAUGGACGAAACACCUGUUCAGUACCUUCUUCGUCUCCACCCAGACCAGGAGGGACUUAGUAAGCAGGAGGCUGUCCGGGCAAAACUUGGUGGAGUUGUUCUUGUUAGUCACGAUUCUAGAUUGAUAUCACGUGUCUGUGAUGAUGAAGAAAAGAGUCAAAUAUGGGUUGUGGAGGAUGGCACUGUCAGAAAAUUCCCUGGAACAUUUGACGAGUACAAAGAAGAUUUGCUGAAGGAGAUUAAAGCUGAAGUUGAUGAUUGA